UGAAAUUCAUCUUUCUCUUUGGCCUCUGGAAGUCCAGCGAGAGACCUGAACUCUCCUGCUGUCCAUGUUUGCAUGUGGUAAUGUUGGGUGAAUUGAAUGACACUGAAAAUACCAGAAAUGAGGAGAAACAGAUUAAAACUAUGAACAGUAGGAGCAUGAAAGGAGAGUCAAGUGCUUUAGGAGCGGCUUUGAGCUACCUCAUGAGUCCACGAUUUUUGAUUUAUGCAAGCUGUGCCUUAUCGAUUUGGGGAGACCGAAUGUGGCACUUUGCCAUGUCUGUGUUUCUGAUAGAAUUAUACGGACAUAAUCUCCUUCUAACAGCGGUGUUUGGCUUAGUAGUGGCUGGAUCUGUACUAAUAUUUGGGGUCUUAAUUGGAGAUUGGAUCGACAGGAAACCAAGAAACAAAGUGGCUCAUGCAGCACUCUUCAUCCAGAACGGUUCUGUCACCACCUGCUGCGUGGUCCUGAUGGUCGUGUUCUCCUACAGAAGGGAGAUGGAUCAAAUGUGGCAUGGCUGGUUCACUGUGGCCUGCUAUGCAGCGGUCAUCACCCUGGCAGCCAUGGCGAACCUGGCAGGCACAGCACUGACCAUCACCAUUCAGAAGGACUGGAUUGUGAGCAUCACAGGGGACAACAGAGGCCAGCUGGCUGGGAUGAAUGCAACCGUCCGGCGGCUGGACCAAGUCAUCAAUAUAUUUGCUCCCCUGUCUGUGGGCCAGGUGAUGACAUGGGCAUCUCAUGUGAUCGGUUGUGGUUUCAUUCUUGGAUGGAACUUGGUUUCACUUCUUGUAGAGUUUCUAUUUCUGUCCAGGGUUUAUCAACUAGUUCCCCAAUUGGCUGUAAAACCCCAGCAACAAACAGGGGGGCACUUCCUAGAAAGGCAACAGGAUGCUGUGAACAUCCAAGAUGAAACGGAUUCUUGGGAAAACACUGACAUAUUCAUCAGCAAAAUCAGAACUUUGGAAAAACCAAAGGAUCAAGGGUCUAACCUUGAAGGAAAACAGGCCACCGCCAAAGGAAUUUUUCUUUGCCUUCAAAGCAUGCGGCAGCUGCUGCGCACAUGCCGUGAGGGCUGGGAGACAUACUGCAGGCAGGCCGUGUUCCUGGCCGGGCUGGGCUUGGCCUUCCUCUACAUGACAGUCCUGGGGUUCGACUGCAUCACCACUGGCUACGCCUACACCCAAGGGAUUGGAGGGUCCCUGCUUAGCAUCCUCACAGCCCUUUCAGCUCUGUCAGGCCUGGUGGGCACUAUUCUCUUCACCUGGCUCCGGGAGCAUUAUGGCUUGGUCACCACCGGAGUCGUAUCCAGUUGGCUCCAUGUCGGUUGUCUGAUACUCUGUGUGUUUUCUGUCUUUGCUCCUGGAAGUCCUUUUGAUAUGGCUGUCUUCUCACUUCCAUCAAACAAGAAUUCUUCAAACCACAAGUUGCUGAAAAAGGACCAGGAACACAUUUACCCCUUUGAAAGAAACCUGAACCAACCCAUCCUCCCAGACCGCUCUUCCAUCCACUGGACCAACAGCACUGUUCUGUUUGAUGACCAGCAGGACCCUGAGCAGCCCGAGUCAUACAUCUCCAUCAUCUUGCUCUUCUCAGGUGUGAUUCUGGCAAGAAUCGGUGAGCAGUGGGUCAUGUUUGGCAUGAGAUUCUGAGGCCUGUGAUCUGUCCAAGUAAUCUUAAAGCAUCUGAUGGUCUCACUACAGAGCCACUGUAAGUUUUCAUCAUUUGUUCACUGAGAACAAGACCAACUUCCCUUCUUCUUUCUUCU